AUGCAUAAUAUUUACAUUCAAGAACCAACUACUUGUGGAAAAGUUGUUUUGGAUACCACAGUUGGUGAUAUUGAAAUUGAACUUUUUUCUAAAGAAUGUCCAUUAGCAUGUCGAAAUUUUCUUCAAUUAUGUGUGGAUGGUUAUUAUGAUGGUACUUUUUUUCAUCGUGUUGUACCAAAUUUUAUUGUACAAGGUGGUCAUUCAACUGGUACAGGUGAAGGAGGUGAAUCAGCAACCGGUGAAUUCUUUCCAGAUGAAGUUCAUACACAAUUACGUUUUAAUCGUCGUGGUCUUGUUGGAAUAGUUAAUCAAGGACCAAAUACAAAUGCUAGUCAAUUCUUUUUUACAUUGGGUCCUACUCCGGAACUUGAUAAGAAGAAUACAUUAUUCGGAAAAAUUGUAGGCAAUACUUUAUUUAAUAUGCUAAAAUUAGGUGAAGGGGAAUUUAUUAAUGAAACACCAGUACAUAAACAAAAAAUAAUUAAAACAAAGAUUAUAUCAAAUCCAUUUGAUAAUAUGAUACCUCGAUCUCGGCCUAAACCACAAAUUAUUGAUAAGGAUGAAGAGAAUAAAAAAUCAAAAUCAACUCUUUCUGCUAAAGCAAUAAAAAAUUAUGGUCUUUCAUUUGAAACUGAAGAUGAAGAAGAAAUAACAAAAAUUUCAAUGAAAUUUAAAGAAAAAGGAACUCGAAAAAGUGCAAAUAAUUUAACAUUGAGUAAAAGUACAGUUCGAUUCGAUGAAGAUGAUGAACAAAGUGAUAAAGAAUUACCAAUUAAAAAACAAACUUUAAAAGCAAAAGAAAAAAAUGAUGAAGAUUUUGAUAAAGAAGGCCUUGACCCUAUACAACAAAGAUUUAAUGAAAAAAAAUUAGCAAAACAAAAAAAGAAAAAACAAGUUGUUCUUGAUGCAGAUGAUGAUGAUAAUCAACAAGAGAUUUCAUCAUCAAAAUUCAAUGAAAAUGUUAAACUUAAAAUUGAACGAUUAGAAAAACAAUUAAAAAAAUUGAAAAAAUCAUCAAUACGUAUUAAAUCAUCAGAAGAUAUUGUUCAAGAAGGAACAGAAUCUGCACCUCAUCGAAUUCAUUCAAUUACUACAGAUAGUUUUGUUUUAAUGGAUGAAUUAAUGACAGGUACAACACGAUGGAAUAAAAAAACUCAUAGUACUCAUUUGAGUUCAAGAGAAUCUCAAACACUUGAUCUUAACAUGUCUCAUAGUAAACGAACUCGAUCACCAUCACCUGUACCACCGGAAACACCACGAUAUAAUUUAAGGUCAAAGAAAAGAGCUGGAGAACCUACUGAUCAUUCUACUGAAGAGUCAAUUUACGUGAAAAUUGAUGAAGAUACCCUGAUCAGUGUUACAGAUUUAAUUCAUUUGUUUGAUGAACUGAUCGAAUACAAGAAUGUGAAACCGAGACAAGAUCGUUCUCAAGAUAUUCAAAAUCAAAUCAACAAAAUUGAUAAAAUUAUUGAACAAUAUUUUUUAAAAUUACCAUCAUUAACAACUGCUGAAGAAAAACAAUUACUCAUUUCGAACGUCGAAACUAAUCUAAAAGUUCGAAAAAAACAGUUUUAUUAUGUUAUUCUAUAUUAUAUGAUUAACAAACAUUGGCCGUACAUCAAAAAGCAAGCACCAUCUCUACGUGACCUUGGUACUUUUUUCAAAUUAUUAGAAUUUCUUAUUGACAAGCAAAUAUUAAAACAAUUUGAUGAAAAUUUUGAUGAAAAUGAUGUUUUUAUAUCAUAUCUUAUUACAGGUGUUGCUUAUCUCGUUGUUGCAAAUGAUCCAUGUUGCUCUGUUGAAAGCGUCGAAGACUUUACUGUAGUUCUCUCCCAUGGAUUUAGACUUGUUGACACAUCUAAUCAAGCAUUUAUUUAUUUUUUUACAUUAUUACAAACAAUUUUAUCAACUCCAUUUAUUGUCCAAUUGUGUUGUGAAUUAAUUAAUGAUGAAGAAGAUGUUUCACGACAAACAAUUGAACAAUCAUUACAAGAUAAUAUCUCAAAACUAAAAAUUCAUUUGUAUCUUGCCGAUCUUUCUGAUUAUUAUUGUGCAUUAACUCUAUAUGAUGGAAAGUUACUGUUAAAUGGUUCUGAACGUGGUUUAUUCAAAGCGAUUGACGAGAUGAUUAGAUUCAAUUGGGAAUUGAAUUCAAAUGAUGAUUUAAUGAUUAAAAGAUGGGCAGCACUUUUGAUCGUUAUUAUUCAUGAAAUUGCACAUAGUCUUCGAAGAACAAUCAUUCCAAAAGCACGAAACUUGAUACUAGCUCAAAAACCACCAAAAGGUAUUGAUGAUAGUACUGGUGAAGCUAGAUUUUGUUUGGAAACAUCACUUUUUGGAGAUAAAGUUCACUCAAUUGGUUUACAGGAUGGUGAAUAUUUAUUGAAUGCGGCCAAUUGGAAUGUUGUUAAUGUUGAACGUUUCCAACAUAAAUUCAAACAAGCAAUGGUGAAAGACAAAAAGCAUUCCAAUCAAGGUCGUCUCAAGUUACCAUCCCGAUGUAUUGAAGGAUCCGGUCAUGAUACUCGUAUUCGAAUUGGUGAUUGUGGAACAUCACAAUACGCAAUUCAUCUCAAUAACUAA